GCUCCAACUUCUCCAAGGACUUGGUGCGUUUUUUUGUUUGUUUGUUUUUUUGACAUUGUAGGAAUUUUCCUGAUCGCUGUGAAGUUUGACUCCGGAGGAGACCUACCUGACGAGGAAGAGUGUGCACACCGGCGGCUCGGCCAUGGAGAAGGUGAGAGCAGAGGAGAAGAAAGACAAAACGGACAGCGGCAGUUUUGGAGACCUCCUAAAGAAGCCGCUGGAGACGAGAGCCACCCCGCACAUCUUCUCAUCCUUCUACAAGCCCAUCGCCAUCAACAUGCGCCACCACGAAGGGCGCUACCAGUAUGAGCCACACGCCUUCCACGCCGUGCAUGGGCCUACAGGUUUGGCGGGAAGCCCUGUUAUCUCUGAUAUCUCUUUGAUUCGCCUUUCUCCCGCUGCCAUGGCCACGGGGGAUUCGCCCUUCAGCCCGCCGCACGUGUACAUCAACCCUCACAUGGAGCACUACCUGCGCUCCGUGCAUGGCGGCCCUGCACUGAUCUCAGCAGCCAGAGGCCUGAGCCCCACCCAAUUGGCUCAUGAGCAUUUCAAAGAUGGCUGCCUGUUUGGCCUCCCCCCACCUCCUCUUCCCGGAGCAAGUCCGACCGAGUAUUACCAGCUGAUGGCGAGCCACCACAACCCCUGUGCUGAUCUGUUCAUGCAGGGGGCUGGGUUAAGCGCGGGGGCCCACUUGUCAGACUAUAUGGCCCCCAUUGAUGUGCCACGGUUGACUCCCAGACUCAGCAGAAAGAGGGCGCUGUCCAUAUCGCCUUUGUCCGACACCAGCAUGGACCUCCAGACGAUGAUCCGCACCUCACCAAGCUCACUGGUGCCGUACAUCAACAGCUCCGUCGGAGGACUUAGCCCGUCCUUCGCCUUCCCGCAUCCCGUCAACACCGUUGCCUACCAGCAUCUCCUCUCCCAGCAGCGAGGCAUCGGCGCUUUCAGCCACACUCCGCCUCUCAUCCAGCCGACGACCAUGUUCCCCGGUCGCCAGUCAGGCCUUGGUCUUUCCUCACUGUCCAGCGCCGUUCACGCCACUGAUCCGACAGCCAAAAACCCCUGCAGCGAGUCAGCCAUCCGCUGCACAGCUGAACCUGUCCUCACCAAGAGGUCAAAGGUUAAGACGGAAUCCCAGGCGCCAAGUUCACCGGUACGCACAUAUCAUUCCCUCCUGUGACCUGCUUGCGGCAUGUCAGAGCCAAAAACCGAUGUGGACCAUGACAAGUGCACAGCGGAGCCCGACUUGGUGUACGAGACCAACUGUCACUGGGAGGGCUGCAGCACCGAGUACGACACACAAGACCAGCUUGUUCACCACAUCAAUAACGACCACAUCCACGGGGAGAAGAAGGAAUUUGUGUGCCGCUGGGAUGAGUGUUCUCGGGACCAGAAGCCCUUCAAGGCUCAGUACAUGCUGGUGGUUCACAUGCGGCGGCACACAGGAGAGAAACCACACAAGUGCACGUUUGAGGGCUGCUCUAAGGCUUACUCCCGUCUGGAGAAUCUCAAAACCCAUCUGCGCUCUCACACCGGGGAGAAGCCCUACGUGUGCGAGCACGACGGAUGCAACAAGGCUUUUUCCAACGCCUCGGACCGAGCCAAACACCAGAACCGCACACACUCAAAUGAGAAACCAUAUGUGUGCAAGAUCCCGGGCUGCACCAAGCGUUACACCGACCCCAGCUCGCUCAGGAAGCACGUGAAGACCGUCCACGGCCCAGAGGCCCACAUCACCAAGAAGCAGCGCAGUGACCUGCCGCCCAGGACGCCGCCCAGGGACGGCAGCAAUGAGACUGUGAAUAGAAUUCAUGAUAAGAUAGCAAACAGCAGCUCCCCCGGAGGCGUGGAGGACUACCGGCAUGUCAAAGCCAUCAAGACAGAAAAUUCUGUGAUGCGUCAGUCCAGUCCUGGAGGUCAGCCAUCAUGUAACAGCGAACCAUCACCACUUGGCUGUGCUACCAGCGAUGACAGUGGAGUAGAAAUUGCAGGGUUAAGCGCUGGAAGCCUGGGGGACCUCAGCACAGUGGUGCUCCUCGUGGGAUACCAUUGGAGGAGCUUCAGCAGCUGGUGUCUGCACCCAGAAGCAGCUCUGCUCCUACCUACAUCUGAAGCAUCUGUAUAAGGAAUGGGUGACUUUUAGGGACCUCCGACAGUGGACCACCAACCCAACAUCUCCUGCCAACAGCACCAAGAUGCCAUCCAUACCAGCAGACACGUUUCUUGGGCCAAGUGUGGGUGGUGGUCCUGCGUCUGUCUAUGGUUCCAGCUUUGGUCUGAGCUCUGGAACAAGAGGUCUAAUGGGAG